GUUAUAAUAUAUGUUUAAGCCUUAUGGCUUCCAGAAAAUUUAAAUAUCAACGGCGAGAAGAUAGCAAAGCUGCGGAACAUUGUUGCGUCCCGUUAUGCGCAGCCUCCUCACGGUUCAACUCAGUACUGAGCUUCCACACUUUUCCUACGGACGAGGAAAAACGGAGAAAGUGGAUUCACAACAUUCGACGCGAGAAAUUAAACAUUACAUCUCACACAAGAGUGUGCAGUCGACACUUUACCAGUGAUUACCUGAUCGAGCCAUCGAAACCUAGUGGGCGUCGCUUGUUGAGGAAGGGGGCUGUGCCCACCUUAUUCACCUGGAACGGCUUCUCCGUUGUAGAAACAGAGCAAAAGGAUGUUAACAACCAGAAUCCUGUGCCAGUGGAAGUCCGUCGUGUGGAACAUGAUUAUUGUGCAGUUCCCAAACCCGCGGCAGCUGAUAAUGCGCAGGACCAGACAGAAGAACUCCGUAAAGAGGUGGAGCGACUGAGAAGACAGGUGGAGGAGUUGUCUGUGGGUCAAAGAUUUUCUUUGGGGCGAUUUGCUGCUUCUGACGAUGAUAUAAGGUUCUACACUAGAUUUUUAACUCACAGCCAUCUAAUGGCUUUCUGGAAACUCAUUGAACCUGCAUCGCACAACAUGAUUCAUGUGUCAAGAGUUAGAGCAACCACAAUGAAGAGUGAAGCCGGAACAAUGUGCAGUGCAUUGGGUCAGCCCCUGCAGCCUAUUGAUGAGUUCUUUCUAUUCAUGGUCUACCUCUCACUUGGCCUUGAGCAUCGGGAUCUGGCCCACAGAUUCAACGUCCAUCAGUCUACUGUGAGCCGAAUUAUUACAACCUGGGCCAAUUUUUUGUACACAAUUCUUGGGUCUGUCCGCAUCUGGAUGUCUGAGGAGGCGGUCAAGGCUCAUCUACCCAUUGAGUUUCAGGACUACUCGGACACACAAGUGGUGAUGGAUUGCACAGAACUGCGUUGCCAAACACAAUCUUCACUCCUGCUUCAAAGUGAAGUCUUCUCCGCUUACACAUCCCACUGCACCUUCAAGGGAUUAAUAGGCAUGGCACCACAUGGUGCAAUCACCUUUGUGUCAUCCUUGUAUGCAGAUUCUGUCACUGACAAGGAGCUUUUUGAGCAAUCUGGAAUUGCAUCGCUGCUCAAACCCGGAAUGGCCAUUAUGGUUGAUAAAGUAUUUCUUGUUGAUGACUGUGUCCCAUGCAAGUUUUACAGAAUUGCUUACCUGUCAAAGAGGGAACAUAUGUCAGCUGAUGAGGUGAGGGAGACACAGUCCAUGGCUGGGCUUCUGGUCCACCUUGAGCGUCUCAACAAUAGGGUGAAACAAAACAAGGUGUUUGACACAGUCAUCCCUCUGUCCAUUACAGGGAGCAUCAACGAGCUGUACACAGUUGCUUGCCUCCUCGUAAAUUAUCAGAAUGGCCCUUUAGUAAAAGCAUCGGUGACGAAUUAAAGAAAAUAUAACACUUGAUGGGGAUUGAUGAGUUUGAAUUUAUUGUUCAAUUUAUAAAUAAUAUAAACAUAUUUAUAAUGAACUUGUAUACCAUGUUGACUGCACUUCUCCAGUUUGGAGGACUGAGAGAUCAGACAAUUCAGCAUGACACGUUUACAAAGUGGCUCCUGAAAUGAACAAAAUACCUUUUUAAACAAAAAGUACAUUUGUGCGUUUUAAUUGUAUACUAUAUUCAUCGUUUUUAGUAUGAGCUGAAGAAUUUGACAAAAAUGUAUGAGUUAAUUUGAGUCUUUUGCAUGAUUAAAAACAUGCU